ACCCCACGGUGAAAUUUGCUCUAAACACCCCGCUGGAACGUCUGACGACAAAACCGACCAGUUCCAGGUACCCCCAGUCAGGUUUCAACCCGGUCGUGUAUAUCCUUGGUCGCCUCGCCCAACAUGAGCUCGGCUCAGGCUCCGAACGACGCGGAGAAGAAUAUUGAAAUCUGGAAGGUCAAGAAGCUCAUCAAGCGUCUUGAAGCCGCCAGAGGAAAUGGAACCUCGAUGAUUUCGCUGAUUAUCCCCCCUAAGGACCAAGUGUCCCGGGCGGCGAAGAUGUUGGCUGAAGAGUUUGGUACUGCUUCCAACAUCAAAUCCCGUGUGAACCGUCUUUCCGUGCUUUCGGCCAUUACGUCCACGCAGCAGCGUCUCAAGCUUUACAACAAGGUCCCUCCGAAUGGCUUGGUCGUCUACUGUGGUGAAAUUAUCACAUCCGAAGGAAAGGAACGUAAGAUUAACAUUGACUUUGAACCGUUCAAGCCCAUCAACACUUCGCUCUAUCUUUGUGACAACAAAUUCCACACUGAAGCUCUGAGUGAGCUACUCGAGUCGGACCAGAAAUUCGGUUUCAUCGUCAUGGACGGAAACGGUUCUCUUUUCGGUACCCUCAGUGGAAACACCAGAGAAGUUCUCCAGAAGUUGAGCGUCGACCUGCCCAAGAAGCACGGUCGUGGUGGUCAGUCUGCGCUUCGUUUUGCUCGUCUCCGUGAGGAAAAGCGUCACAACUACGUGCGGAAGAUUGCCGAAUUGGCUGUUCAGAACUUCAUCACCGACAAUAAGAUCAACGUGGCAGGCUUGAUUUUGGCCGGUUCUGCCGAUUUCAAGAAUGACUUGAACCAGUCCGAUCUGUUCGAUGGGCGUUUGCAGUCCAAGGUUAUCAAGAUUGUCGACGUCUCUUACGGAGGUGAAAACGGCUUCAACCAGGCUAUCGAACUUUCUUCUGAGACUCUGAGCAACGUCAAGUUCGUUCAAGAAAAGAAACUCAUCGGCAAAUAUUUCGAAGAAAUCAGUCAAGAUACCGGAAAGAUUUGCUAUGGUAUCGAUGAUACUCUCAAAGCCCUGGAGCUUGGUGCUGUGGAAGUCCUUAUCGUUUAUGAGAACCUGGAUUUGACCCGAUGGGUUUUGAAGGACGCGAGCGGCUCUGAGGUCACCGUUCACACCAACAAGUAUCAAGAGGAAAACCAACGGGAACUGUUUUUGGACAAGGAAACCGGCCAAGAGAUGGAGGUCGCCGAUUCAGGCCCGUUCCUUGAGUGGCUUGCCGAGGCCUACAAAGACUUUGGUGCUACUCUGGAAUUCGUUUCUGACCGGUCCAGUGAAGGCAACCAGUUCGUCAAGGGAUUCGGUGGUAUCGGUGGACUUUUGCGAUACAAGGUCAACUUUGAACAACUUGCCGACUAUGACGACGAGGAUGAGUUCUAUGACGUGAGCGAGGAUGAAAGGCCAGAAGUUCCAGAAAUGGAUCUUUUGACGGCUCGCCCCGUGAAUUAUGAAGGCGGCUCUCAUGGAGAUCCCAUGGCUUCCAAGGUAGAUACCGUGACGAGGCCUGGUUCAAGCUCUGCGAAGCUGCUCAGAGGUGUGUCUUCUUAUUUGCUGAUUAUAGUCCAUAUAGUGAACUAACACAUCAUAAUGAUAGGGCCAUCCAAGCUCCGUAGCACAGUUACUGU